CUUGGAUCGGCCAGCCACUACCCACAGGCGUAGACAGUGAGACCGCAGAGAGAGAGAGAGAGAGAGCUAUAACGCUUAAGAACAAAGAAAACAAGAACGUCAAAACAAAACCAACACUCACUCACUCACUCACUCACACAUCUCUCUCAAUCGCAGAAACGCACAAAACUCUCCCCAAGUUGUGGUUCACAUCCAACCUCUCUCCUUCCCACUAGCUAGCUAUACCCUCUUACAGCUUCCUACUCUCCUUCUUCAACAAACAUAUAUUUACAAGAAGAAGAAAAAAUCAUACCCACUAGUCACUGCAACACGAGCUCGCUCGCCAUAGCCCAGCUAUAGAACAAACCCACAAGCUCUCUCCUUCCUCUUCUCUCUUCUAUAUUGCUUCCAUGCAAAUAUUAUAGAAUAUAUAUAUAUAUUACACCACUAAGGCAGUACUCUAAUUCGCCUUACUAUAUAUAGUUCGUUGGAGAGGGGGAUUAAUUACUAUUUAAUUAAUUACCCCGUUCUAGUUAAAUUCAUGCUGGCUGUGUCAUCAGUGGCGGCGCCUUUGAGAGACGUCCAUCAUGGGAGCUGCCAGCAAGUUGGUAAGGUGGAAGGGAACGACUACUACGCGGACGAUGCGGCGGCGGCGGAGGAGGAUCAGUUCAUCCCUGAUUUCUCGGACGGGAACAGCAGCUUGCUGCUCGAGAGCAUCGAUUUCGACGAUCUCUUCGCCGUCGGCGACGUCCUCCCCGAUCUGGAGAUUCUCGCCGACUUCUCCGCCGUCGAUGAGUCUGAAAUCCAUGGCGGGACGAGUACUACCACUACCACCAACACCACGCCUCCCGUCGAUGAUUUCGUUAUCGUUGUCGACGAGGACGGCUGCGAGCAGUAUAGUAGUAGUAAGAAGAGCUGCAAGCGUCCGAGGGAGGAGGAGGAGGUUUCCGGAUCCGGAGGAGAGGAUAGCGGAGGGUCGGCGUCUCCCUCGUCGUCGGUGGUGUUGAAUCCACCGGCUCCGGCGAGUAAGAGUGUGAGAAGAGAAGGUGAGAAGGCCGGGAGGAAGUCCACUACGGCGCCGUUCACUUCGUCGACACAAGGGAUUAGCAGUAAGGGCAAUCUCGGGAAGAGAAAAGUGAAGGUGGAUUGGACGCCGGAGCUGCACAGAAGGUUUGUGCAGGCAGUGGAGCAGCUCGGGGUGGAUAAGGCGGUGCCUUCAAGAAUCUUGGAGCUGAUGGGAAUCGACUGCCUCACCCGCCACAACGUCGCCAGCCACCUCCAGAAAUAUAGGUCACACCGGAAGCAUGUACUAGCUCGUGAAGCGGAGGCGGCGACCUGGACCCAGAGGCGCCAAGUCUACGGCGGCGGCGGGGGAGCAGGGGGGAAGAGAGACGUGACGAUGAACGGGCACCAGAAGCAGGCGUGGCAUGCACCGAUGAUGGGGUUUCCUCCACCGGCGGCGACUCCUCCUCCUCCUCCUCCUCCUCCUCAUGUUCCUCAACUGCACCAUUUGGUCAGGCCGUUGCAUGUGUGGGGCCAUCCGUCGAUGGAUCAAUCCUUAAUCCACAUGUGGCCUAAACAUCUACCUCCUCCUCCUCCUCAUCAUCAUCAUCAUCCCUCCUGGACUCAUCCUCCUCCUCCUCCCGCGGCGGUGGAUCCUUUGUAUUGGCAUCACCAACGAGUGCCAGCAGCAGCAGCAGCAGCAGGAGCCGGAGUUGGACUGACCCCGGGGACGCCAUGUUUUCCGCAGCAAGUACUUCCACCAACGAGAUUCCCGGCGACACCAGUUGCCGGCAUCCUCCCGCCGUCCCAUUCCAUGUACAAAGCAGAAUCGGCUGGGAUCGGCGGGCAGCUGCAGCAGCGUCCACCGCAACCCGGGUCCGGCCCGAAUCAUCUAUUCGACGUCCAACCGUCGAAAGAGAGCAUAGACGCAGCCAUCGGAGAUGUUUUAUCGAAGCCGUGGCUGCCGCUUCCGCUAGGACUGAAACCUCCAGCUGUCGACAGCGUAUUGGUGGAGCUCCAACGCCAAGGGAUUCCCAACGUACCGCCGGCUGCUGCUGCUGCUUCUUCUUCUUGAUAUGCAUGAUGCAUCAAAAUUUGACGACUUCUCAUUAAUUGUGACGCCGCUGCGGUUUUCUCCCAUCCGAAAAAUCCGACGACUUUUCUAGCUUUGUCCUGCUUUCCCGGGUUCAAUUUCGCUAAUUAAAAGAGAGGACUUCUGCCCACCUUUUUUUCCCCGACGACCCUUUUUGCCCUCUUCGAUAGAGGGUUUUGUAAUCUUUCUUAUCAUGGUACUUGUUCUUGUAAAUCAAUUUGUUGCGAGGACAGGAUCAUGAGUGUGUAGUAAUUUAAACUCUUUACAUAUAUAUAUAUGAGUAUUGGCGAUGAAGCCUAUAGCCUUCUUGGCAUUUACAUAAUGAGUGAAUUUCUGUUGUUAGGUGAGUAUGAGGAUCUACUUAAUUAUUCCGUUUGGUUGGAA